CCCAUUAAACAUGAUCAUUAAGCCUGUCUUCGCCCUUCGCCCAUGUCUUCGCCUUCGUAGGAGCUUCCACUCCGACCUCCACGAGUACGUCUCCCAGCUCCAGCUCUGCGCCGCCCGCCGACAUCUCCCCAAGGCCCGGGAGCUCCAUGCCCGCCUCCUCGCCACUGGCCUCCACGCCUCCCCCGUCGCCACCUCGGCCCUCAUCUCCCUCUACUCCAAAUGCGCCCGCCCCGCCGACGCCCUCUCCGUCUUCCUCUCCGCCCCGGCUCACCCGUCUAACCUCUUCGUCUGGAAUGCCGCCAUCGCAGGACUUGCCUCCAACGGCCUCCCUUCCGACGCCCUCCGCCUCUUCCGCCGCCUCUCCUCGGAGCCGGGACUCUCCCCGGACGAGUUCACCUUCCCUUGCGCCAUCAGGGCCUGCUCCGAUCUCGGUGCGUCGGAUGAGGUCCGGAAGAUUCAUGCGACGUUGUUCAAGGUCGGUUUCGACGCUGAAGUGUUCGCUGCCAGCGCGUUGAUCCGUGCUUACUUGAACAUGGGACUUGCGGAUGAGGCUGUUAAGGUGUUCGAUGAAUUGCACCAUCGGGAUGUCGCCAUCUGGAACGCCAUGGUGAAUGGUUUUGCGCAGUUGGGUCAGUUUGCUCGCUCUAUGGAUUAUUUCCGCCAGAUGAUGAGCGAAGGAAUGGUUCCGAGUAAGUUCACUGUUACCGGCGUCCUCUCUGUGUUUACCGCGAGGGCUGACCUCGGAAAUGGUCGAAAGAUUCACGCUUUUGUCAUAAAAAUGGGGUUAGACGAUGAGAUUGCUGUCUCCAACUCGCUCAUUGACCUCUACGGCAAGUGCCACGCAUUGGAGGAGGCGGAGGAGAUCUACGAGUCGAUGCAGGAGUGGGAUGCCUACUCAUGGAAUUCGAUGAUGUCUGCUUACCAGUACUCCGCUCAUCAUGCAGGGACUCUCCAACUGUUCCGUCGGAUGAGACACAACGGAGUGAUGCCGGACGCCGUCACUAUUGCUGCCGUCCUUCCAGCUUGCUCUCAGGUGGCAGCGCUAAGGUUCGGGAGAGAAAUCCAUGGCUUCGCCAUUACAAGCGGCAUGAGGGGUGUCAAAGACGAUGUCUUUGUUGACAACGCCUUGAUGGACAUGUACGCCAAAUGUGGCGCUUUGGAGGAAGCGAGACUCCUGUUCAAUGGGAUGCCAAGCCGAGAUGUGGCCUCGUGGAACAUCAUGAUCGAUGCGUAUGGCGCACAUGGACGGGGAGCGGAGGCCGUCGAACUCUUCGAGCAGAUGGUGGUGGUAGGUCCGGCUCCCGAUGAGGUGACAUUUGUCGGGGUGCUCUCAGCCUGCAGCCAUGCCGGGCUGGUGGAGGCUGGAAAGGACUUGCUUCAGCGAAUGGAGGCAGAAUUCGGGUUGGCACCAUCGAUGGAGCACUACGCAUGCGUAGCAGACAUGCUAGGCCGAGCUGGCUUGCUGGAGGAGGCCAAGAGGGUGGCGGAGAAGGCAGGGGCGGGAGGCGCUGGUGUGUGGAGGGCAUAUCUAGCAGCGUGCCGGAUGCAUGGGAAGUCGGCGCAGGCAUCCGAAGCAGCGCAGAGAGUGGCGGAAAUGGAACCCCAAGGAAGCGGGAGUUACGUGCUUCUGGCUAGUACUUAUGGCGGUGCCGGUAAGUACAGUGAGUUGGCAGAGGUCAGGAACCAAAUGAGGAGAAAGGGGCUGAGGAAGGCACCUGGAUGCAGCUGGGUGGAGGUCGGAGGAGCGAGGAUGCACGCCUUCGUUGCAGGCGACCAGGAGCACCCAGAGGCGGCGGAGAUAUACACGGCGCUGCACGGGCUGAUGGGGUGGAUGAGGGAGGCGUGGGGAUACGUUCCUGAGGUGAUCGCUGCUCACGGCGAGUGACAGCUUUGGACUCGUCGGGUACGCCGUCUCCCUCUGGUGUGACGACGGCGUCAAGCCGAUCACGUGCAACACCCAAAUAUUUGUUCAUUUAAAAUAAUUAUUAAUUUUAGUUCACGACGGAUAUCAGAUA